CGCUGAGGCGCGGAGCGGAGCGGCUGCGAAGCCGUUCGUAACCGUACAGCCCCGCGGGCUGGGAGUCGUGAGAGCUCUGUGUGGAGAAGCAUCUGAAAUACGGAGAGAAUGGCAUCGCUGCCUUCGGAUGCCACCUGCCUGUGACUGCAGCGCCCGCCUCCUAGGUGUGCUCGAGUGAAAGGUUUUCCGGUCCCGCUUCCUUCCGCAGCACGAAGCAUUUCAAUGCAGGCUUCGCGAUUCUGCCGGCGCGUUCGCAGGGAAUCCGUGCUCUAAAUGCCCGCCGCACAGAGCAGCCCGGCUGCUUCCUAUGGGAUGCAUCUGCAUAAAGGAAGAAUUCUUCUAAGAUGGGUAAUAAGCAGACAAUAUUCACUGACGAGCAGCUGGAUGCCUACCAGGACUGCACGUUCUUCACUAGGAAAGAAAUCCUUCGGUUGCAUGGUCGGUACCAUGAAAUGGCACCAAACGUUGUGCCCAUGGACUAUACAAAGGAUCCUGAUGUUAAACUACCUAUGCAGCUUAUAAUAAACAUGCCUGAGCUAAAGGAGAAUCCCUUUAAGGAAAGAAUUGUGGAAUCUUUCUCGGAAGACGGAGAGGGGAGCCUCAGCUUCAAUGAUUUUGUGGACAUGUUCUCUGUGCUCAGUGAAAUGGCUCCCAGAGAGCUCAAAGCUAUCUAUGCCUUUAAGAUCUAUGAUUUUAACACAGAUAACUUCAUUUGUAAAGCAGACCUGGAACAAACCCUCAAUAAGCUGACCCGAGAAGAGCUAACAGCAGAAGAAAUCACUCUGGUUUGUGAGAAAGUGAUAGAAGAAGCUGACAUGGAUGGUGAUGGCAAAUUAGGAUUUGCAGAUUUUGAAAACAUGAUUUCCAAAGCACCGGACUUUCUCAGUACUUUCCACAUAAGAAUCUGAAGAACUGUGUGUGAGCCAGUGUUGUCAGAAUGAUUUCAGUCCAGCCUAUCUGAAUCUCAGGCGCUCUGGGGGCUUCUAUCCUCUCCUUGUGGCUUCUUAGAACUCAAAAAAUACUGAAAUGAUUCUGGUCUGCAAAGAGAGAGAAGCUUCAUUUCAUCUGCAGGAUAUUUGGAACAGUCACGUUUUUAUCUUCACUGCUGGCGUUCUGGCAAAGAUGGCUGAUUGCUGGGUUGUGGUUACUCUUUUUCAUUUUUCUUUUUUUUUAACAGACAGAAUCAGAAUGUUACUAAAGGUAUUUCCACAAUUUUUUUGUAUUUAUGAAUAUUUAAUACUGCUCUUACAAGCAAAAAAAAAAAAAAAAAAAAGAAAGAAAGAAAGAAAAAAGCGAUUAGCUUGGGUGAAUUCUCCAAGAAAAAAAAGCACGGGCCUUAAAUAAUGAGAUGCCUCUAUCACUGUGUUGUACAGCUGGGGAUCUUGCAUGGAAAUUAUCUUAUGUGAAAGGACAGCAGUCAAGAUCCAAUUCCCAGUGUUGAAGACAACCACAUCCCGGGUUUGCCCUUCAGUCACUGAAAUGGCAGUUGCUGGGUUUGGUGCUUACCUUCAACUGAUAUUUUACGGAUUGUCACGUCCUUAUGAAACUUGAAAUGUUUGCAUUUUGGAUAUGAUUACUGCAUAUGUGAUUCGUUUCUUCCCAAGAGAAACUUUGAGACUGUGUCCUUGUUCUCAGAGGGAGUCUUGCAUUGUACUCAUUCUGUGGUCUGAUAACGUUGAAUAGAAGAAUCCGAUCAUCUGUAAUCCUUGAAGGAAUUAAAGAAGCACAGCACUAUUACUGAGGACAUAAAAAGACCUUUUCUAUCUAAACCAGCUAUGCAAUCUUUCCCAUAAAGUGCAUGAAAGCAGCUCAGUAUUUCUCUUUCCUCUCCAGCUGGAAAUCAGCUAUAUUUGUUCUUUUUUUUUUUAAUUCCAGUACUGUUUAGGUACUGGGGCCUGAAGACAAUCACACAUGUAUUACUGUUCUAACAGUCAAUAGAAGGGCUCUGUCACUUACAUGGCUUCUGUAUCAAAGUCAUAACUAUUAAAACU